ACUCGUCCCAAGAAGGAUCAUUCCUGCGCUGAUCGCUUUUUUGCUUCAAAUGUGGGCAUUGCCUUUCACACUCCUGAGGAGUUCUUCCUCAACCAGAAAACAGCGGAGCCUUGGGGUCCUCCUUCAUUUGAUCCUGUAGCAUAUCUGGAUGAGAAAAAGAAAUUGCUGGAGCCUGAAGACGCUCCUUUACCAUCGUCUACCAAGGAAGUCAUUGUGAUCGUUGGUUUUCCUGGAUCGGGCAAGUCAACCUUUGCCCACAUGCUUGAAAAAGAACAUGGGUAUAUGGUAGUCAAUCGAGACACCCUCGGCACAUGGCAAAAAUGCUGUGAAAGAGCCAGGGUGUACUUGAGAGAUGGGAAGAGCGUUGUUGUAGACAACACAAGUCCGGAUAAAGAGUCAAGGAGUCGCUAUAUUGCAUUGGCUCGCGAAAUGAAGGUGCCAUGCCGAUGUUUUGAGUUGACCUGCAAUAUUCAUCAAGCUAUGCACAAUGUCAAAUUCCGAAGGUUAACUCAAGAAGUGAAGAAUGAGGUUACGAUAAUGGUGUUGCGGACGUAUGCCAACAAAUAUCAGGUAAUUAAUAGACUGUAAAG